GGUUGUCAGGUGAUAUGAGAAACCCUAACUAUAUGCGGUUCGGUAGCUAUUGCGUAAUUCGAUCUUAAACGCAAAGUGGAAGAAUAUUCAUAGCGUUACAAAUUUUUGGAGUGACAGAUGUUUUCCUACUAUGUUUUGGAGACAAGUAUAUCGGUAAGUGCGUCGGCGGAGGAAUACUGUGAUAUGGACCCUGAUGAUGGCCGUCGGGAUAUUGAUGUUUAUUAACCGCCCCCAAAUCCACUUCACAUCAGUUGCUGACAUGUUCGCCGCUUGUUUGUACUCCUUCACCGGAUUAAUUUGAAUGAAUAUAAAGCUGGUCCCCAGGUCAGAAGAAAAGAUGAUAUCUCAAGAGUUCGUACCAACAACACAUGCAAAGAACAGCUAUUAAACAAAGGAUUCAAAGGUCGGCUUGGUCCUGUUACUUCUGACUGAGCACGUUAAUGUUCGAAUCUGCCAGCGGAAGAUGGUUUUUUGCGAGCCAAGUCUUUACGCCGCGCGUGUGAGAACACUAUACAUGGAUCGGGGAACAAAGGGAUCCGAGUGAGUUUCGACCCGCAUGCCAACGCUGUGUUCUGUCCACUGUGUAAGAUUGCUUCCACCUUCUGGGAAAGGAUUUUCCAAAUGAUGGCGCUUAACAACAGUGGUACACGCAAUGGGACAGUAUUGACUCCUUUUGAUGUGCCCAUCUCAGAAAUAACUCGUUCAAAAGAUUAUUUGAACCUUAAAAACUGGACUGUUGGUAGUAAAGACGCAACCAAAAGUUUUCGAUUUAUGUUUGUUAGGAACCCUUUUGAUAUGCUGUUUUCACUUUACGUAGAUAAACUUGUUGGACCUAAUCCGUAUUUCAGUAGGUUUUCACAAACUAACAAGAAACAAUGUGGAUAUGCGAAUAUCACGUUCCGACAACUGCUUGAACAUGUGAUUUUCACGGAUAAGAAGGGGAAAUCUCUCGACUGUCAUGUUGCCAAGUGGGAUGCGUGUUUACCAUGUGAAGUAAACUACACAUAUAUAGGCAAAAUGGAAACGUUUAAAGAAGAUACUUCAGUUAUAUUGUCGGCUCUUGGGCAGGUCAAGAGUCUAGAUGCAAUGAAAGCCAAAUUCACUGACCUCCACGCCCAUGACGCUAUUCAAUAUUCAGUAUCUGGACCUUUCGAAUGGCGUAAAAACAUUGUUAAGUGCAUGUCAUGGCCAGAUGCCCUGUGUAGGGUCUGGCGGAAGUUGCAGAUUCGAGGAGUUAUAGGGACUACGGGAUUUUCGCUCUCCGAAUUAGAGGCAGAGUCUAUUAAUAGGACUGAUCAUAUAAACGUUCUUAAGAAAGUUAGGGAGAAAAGUAGAGCAAGCGAAAGACGUAUAAUUAAGCAGUUAUCUUUCAUUGAAGCAUACAGGAAUAUUCCUGCAGAAAUAUUAGACAGUAUUAAACAUGUUUAUAGACAUGAAUUUAAUUUAUUCAAUUUUAACGAUGAUACUGAAAUAUUUCGCCAAUUUGAUCAAUACAAAGCAAUAGGUUUCUUUAAUUACUCCCACAUCGAUCGUGAUAUUAGGUUUUAUACUUAAGUGUAAUUACGUUUCCAAUGAAAAACAACCACAAGGAAUAAUAGUAUUGUACUUUGAUUGGCAAUUAUCAAAUAAACCAUGGUUUAGAUAUAUUAGAAACAUCCAACAGAAUCUGCUUGAUAAGCGUCAAACAAUUUGAGUACCACGCAUUUGUUAAUGGAUGGAAUAUAAAGAUAAUUGAUAGAAUGCAUUUAGACUUUGUUAUAGCAUGCAGUUUUAUGUAUUUUUAGGACAUUACAAUGAUAAGUGUUCUUUCCGGUGCACAUGAGUGUAUGCAAUUAAUAACUUAUUUCAUCGAUAACGUGGCAACCAUAUGUUUAUUACAUAAUGCCAUGAAAUUGUUUUAAUACUGUACAUAUCUAUAUCACAUUGUUUGAAGAAGAAGAAGAAGAAGAACGUUUAUUCAUCGAAAAAGCAUAUACAGACGAUGUGUUUGAAAUAGGUCAAUAUGACCCCUGAUCAAACAUUUCAACAAAAUACUAUGCAAAUAACACAGCGACGAACAGACACAUACAUGUACAUUGCAUUUACAAAAUGGUUCUUUGACUAGUGGCACAUUAUUGUUUAAUUGCCUAACAAAUGUGUAAUAACUACGUUACUAGUGAAAAUAUCAUAAAAAUAAAUAAUAGUGGAUGUUGACCUAAUGCUUUGUUUGAUUACUUUUUCUUUUGGUCACAUGAUAUUGUUUACUUCCUGGUAUUUAAACAAAACACGUGGAUAAACAAAAACAACAAAGGAAGACAAUGUUUACAGAGAGCAAAAUACAUAUUAAUACAUACCGGAUAUAUAAAAUAAACUCAGUUACCGUAUAUAAUAUGUGCAUUGACAAGUAUUGGAUAUUUCAUUGAAAUCUUAAACAUACGUCAAAUUUAAAGAGAGACGUCUCAUGAAUAUGACAGUGCACACUGAUGAAUACUCAGAUAAGUUAAUAAUAUGUCAAUCCUAUAAUCAUAAACUGUUAACGAUACCAACCAGAUAUAGAUUGCAAUAAACAGUUAUAUAACUGUCUAUGGAUGAAA